AACACCCAGAGGACUGUUCCCGGGCUGUGGGUGAGUCCAGUCCCGCAGCGUUGGGCCUCCCGUCUACCCAUGAACACCGCGGUCCUGUUUGUGCCGCAGCAGGAGGCCUGGGUGGUGCAGAGGAUGGGUCGCUUCCACCGCAUCUUAGAACCGGGACUGAACUUCCUCAUUCCCAUACUUGACCAAAUUCGUUACGUGCAGAGCCUUAAAGAGAUCGUUAUUGACAUUCCUGAACAGUCAGCUGUAUCUUUAGACAAUGUGACGCUGCAAAUUGACGGAGUCCUUUUUUUGAGAAUCUUAGAUCCUUUAAAGGCUAGUUAUGGUGUAGAGGAUCCAGAGUAUGCAGUUACUCAGCUCGCACAAACCACAAUGCGUUCAGAACUGGGCAAACUCACCAUGGACAAAGUAUUCAGGGAGAGGGAGUCUCUUAACUCCAACAUCGUCCACUCCAUCAACCAGGCGUCGGACGAGUGGGGCAUCCGCUGCCUGCGUUAUGAAAUCAAAGACAUACAGAUUCCACCUCGUGUUAAAGAGUCGAUGCAGAUGCAGGUGGAGGCUGAGCGAAAGAAGAGAGCCACAGUGCUGGAGUCCGAGGGGGCACGGGAAGCGGCCAUCAACGUCGCAGAGGGUUGCAAACAAGCCCAAAUCCUGGCUUCAGAGGGACAGAAGGCAGAGCAGAUAAACAAAGCCUCCGGUGAGGCCCAAGCUGUGAUAGCCAAAGCAGAGGCCAAAUCCAAGGCUAUUCGUCUGCUGUCAGAGGCUCUGGCUGAAGAGAACGGAAGUGCUGCCGCCUCGCUGAGCGUUGCCGAGCAGUACGUCUCUGCUUUCUCCAACCUCGCCAAAAAGUCCAACACUGUGCUUCUGCCCUCUAACACCGGUGACGUCAGUGGAAUGGUCACACAGGCUAUGACCAUUUAUAGCACACUUGCCACACCGAAGCCAAAAGUUAAGAGCAUAAAGGCCGAGACAGAGGAACCCGGUGAAGAGCCUCCAGUCCAGUCCUUAGCUCAGUAGCAGAGGACGCCGUUGCUGCUCUAAACUGUGGCAGACAGUGAUAAAGGAAGAAGCACUUUUCCAUAAUUAUAGAGUACAAUGGCUCUGCUGUGUGGACUCGCUCACUGUCUGGUGCAAAGGACACUCUAUCUACUGCGGCGCACAGGAUGUUGAGACUGAAGAGCGGCACUUGAUAAAAAGGAGACGGACGAUGCCGAGCAAGGACAGCUGGGAAAAGAGAACUGAGCCACAAGUUAUGGUCCUUGUGUGGUUCAGGUGUUGUAUCUGGAUUUAAGCACUGUGCUGUACUCUGUAUGCAUGAUAGGGACGUUUACUCUGCAACUGUGAUAUUAUGUAGACAUGGCUGAAUAUUUCAGGUCCGUUGUCGCCCAGUCUGAUUCGUCAUGGUUGAAAUAUAAUUGAAUAUAUUUAUUUUUUUAUUUUCUACAUUGCAUAAAAUCCUUUAAAAAUUAAGAAACGUUUUGGGGGGGAUGUAGUCCAAAACCUUAAAGCACUAAGACAACAGCAUUUGGAGGAUAAUGUAUAAUUAAAUUAAUUAUAAAUAAAUUCAAUUAUUUGGGUGUUGAUGUUGGGUUGGUGACUGGAUAAAGGAAAUAUGGGCACUAAGUAAAAAUAAAAGUCUGAGCAGUGACAGGUUGUGUUAU